AUGCUCUUUGGGUUCAACAUUCGCCCUUUUGUCGCGACUAUCAUGUCUUCAUUCGAUGCUCACAAUGUUGACCUUGACAUAGCUAGCCAGGCGGACGUCCUCUGCUAUCUGGCGCUGUCCGAAAACGACUACAACGGCCACCUCGGCGCCCGCAUAUCUUCCAUAUUCGUUAUCUUCAUCACGUCAACCGUUUUCACCUUGUUCCCUGUGAUUGCCAAACGAGCUCCAGGGUUGAAGAUCCCCUAUCAAGUUUACCUCUUCGCCCGAUAUUUCGGCACAGGCGUCAUAGUGGCUACAGCGUUCAUCCACCUACUGGAUCCCGCAUACAGCAGCAUCGGGCCGAACUCAUGUAUCGGAGUGUCCGGGCACUGGGGAGACUACUCCUGGUGUGCCGCCAUCGUUCUCGCCUCCGUCGUAACCAUAUUCCUCCUAGAUCUAGGCGCUGAGGUAUACGUAGAGUAUAAAUACGGGGUCCAACGCAAUGACGACGCCACAGAGGCCUUCAUCACACACUCCUGCGCGUCGGAUUCAGACAGUACAUCCCACGCCGUGGAGUCUGGUACACCCACCCGCAAAAACACCGACAUUCACACGGAAGUGGCCUCGGUACGUUCCGAGCGGGCAUUCCGACAAGAAAUUGCAGCCUUCCUGAUCCUCGAGUUCGGCAUCAUAUUCCACUCCGUUAUAAUCGGUCUGAACCUGGGCGUGACCGGCGAAGAGUUCACGACUCUGUAUCCCGUGUUGGUCUUUCAUCAAGCUUUUGAAGGCCUGGGAAUUGGUGCGCGUAUGUCAGCGCUCCAUUUUGGCUCCCGUCGGUGGUUGCCAUGGGUGCUGUGUCUUUUGUAUGGCCUAACGACGCCCAUUUCGAUUGCUAUUGGACUUGGGGUGCGGACGUCGUACAACCCAGGAUCCAAGACGGCGAUGAUCGUGCAGGGUGUGCUAGAUGCGAUAUCCGCAGGGAUUUUGAUUUAUAGUGGACUGGUGGAAUUAUUGGCGAGAGACUUUUUGUUUGAUCCCGACCGGACCAAGAGGAGAUCGCAUUUAUUUGUCAUGGUGGGAUGCAUGCUGUUGGGAGCGGGGAUCAUGGCUUUACUUGGAAAGUGGGCGUAA